AUGAGCACAGUGGGCUUGGUGCUCUUGGGGCUUGCUCUGAGGUUUAGGGCCACAAUCUCCAACCCAGAGGAAGGCAACUUUUGCUCAAAAAGCCAAGUGGCCUUCAGAGACUCUUGCUAUGAAUUUGUGCCUCUCAGUCACACCUUUUAUGGGGCCCAGAGCUGGUGUGAGGAGCAAGGGGGGCAUUUGGUCUUUAUUCACGAUGAAGACACCCAACAGUUUCUGCAGAAGCACAUCUCACAGGACAGGGAAUGGUGGACUGGACUCACAGGGAACUCGGCGCAGAACGGAACCACAGAAGGGCCAGGGAGCUGGCUGGACACCUCAAAUGCGAGCUAUAGCCACUGGCGCAGAGGACAGGCCUCUCUUGCGCCAAACACCUGUUGUUACAUCGGGAGAGAUGCUUCCUUUGGGUGGGCGGCCUCAGACAACUGCACGCAGCCGUUUGCCUUCAUCUGCGAGUUUGGUGCUGGCCAGAGUGUGGCCUGUGACGGCCUCAAUGCCACCAUGCACUGCGGCUCAGGGGAGGUCAUCCAGAUCCAGGACGCCUUCUAUGGGCGCCAGACUCCCCAUUAUUGCACCCAGGGUGCUGCAGGCCCCUCUGAGGAGGAAUGCAGCUGGGCCAGCAUCAAGGACAAAGUGGCAGGCCAGUGCCAGGGGCUGCAAGUAUGCCAGGUGGCAGCAGAUGGGACCUACUUUGGAGACCUGUGCCCCACCCAGGGCAGCUACCUGUGGGUGCAUUACCAGUGCCAGGAAGGCCUGCAGCUGAUGGUGUCCAAUGAAAGUUUCAUCUUUGAAAAUGUCACCAUCUCCCUCACAUGGCUCCUCUCUCCCUUCACUGGAAAUCUGUCAUGUAUAAUUAGUACAGGAGAUGGCCACACUUUCAAUCCCUACUACCCCCCCAGUUCAUCCAGCAAUGUGACCCACCAGUUCAGAGCCCCUGGGGAAUUCACUGUGUUUGCCGAGUGCACAACCACUGAGUGGCACGUGAUGGCUCAGAAGCACGUGACCAUCCGAGACAAGAUGGAGAGGCUCCAUGUGACCGGGUGCUCCAGCCUGUCCAAGUCAGGAGCCAGCCCUCUCUGCCGCGCUGUCUUUGGGGACCCGUUGUGGAUUCAGGUGGUACUUGAUGGAGGAACUGGGGUGACUUACACUGCACUGUUGGGUAACAUAACCCUGGCUGAGUUCACCACACCGAGGGGCCUGCUACCCUACAAUCUGACCCUGGACAGAGCAGCUCAGCAGAGGAUGGGCCCUGGGAUGCACCACCUGGAGAUCCGAGCCACCAGCAACACCACCACCUCUGCACCCUCUAGGAACAUCACAGUCCACUUCAUGGAGCCUCUGUCAGGGCUACAGGCCUCCUGGGGUUCUGACCACUUGGAGCUUGGAGAAGACCUACUGGUCAACAUCUCAGUGGCUCAUGGCAUCCCAGAAGGCCUGACCUUUGAAGUGGCAGGACUCAAUGCAACCUUCACCCAUCAAGAAGAAAGCCUCCAACGGCCAUUUGGGAUUUACCAUGUGGCAGUUCCUCUUGAAGGCACCUUUCUGGUCACUGUGAUGGUGAGGAAUGCCUUCUCAAACUUAAGUUUGGAAGUCGGAAGCAUCACUGUCACAGCUCCUUCCAGUCUACAAGAACCAUCUGGAACAAAUGCCAAGGAAAAGAAUAGAGAGAAAGGGAAUGUGCAGGUGUACGUGGAACCUGGUCAGUAUGUGAAUCCUUUCACGACUGUGACUCUGGGCUGGCCAGACAGUGACAAGGAUUUACACUUCCAGUGGUCAUGUGGACAUUGCUGGGCCCAUUGGAGCUACUGUGUUGAGAGGCAGCUGCUCUGCACAGACCAAAGGGAGCUGGUGCUUCCUCCGUCCCGCCUGCCACCGCCCAACUCCGCCAUCACCCUGCACCUGGCCACCUGGAGAGGCAGGGAGCUGGAGAACCGGGAGGAGAAGUGCCUCUAUGUGUCUGCCCCCCUGGAACUCAAGCCUCGAGUCAGCUGUGAGAACUGCAGACCAGCGAAUGCCAGUGAAGAUGUCAUGCUCAGAGUCACUGUGGGGGAUGACUCCUCAGUGGCCAUGUUCAACUGGUAUUUAGAGGACACCUCUCUGGAGAAGGCUGAGCCUCUCCCGGCUGCCUGCAGAUUCCAGGAAUUUUGGCUGAGUGCUUUAAUCCUCCUUCAGAGCAACACCUCCAUGCUGUGGUUGAACAGCUCCUUCCGGCAGACCUGGGGCCAGGCCAUCCGGAUCAGAGCCACAGCCCUUGACCGGCAUGCCUAUGGGGAGGACACCUAAGUGAUCAGCUCUCUGCCUGCCCCUGAGGUGCCCAUCUGCACCAUCACCCCGGAGGAGGGUACCAUUCUGACGAGCUUCACCAUCUUCUGCAACACAUCCUCUGCCCUGGGCCCCCUGGAGUACUGCUUCUGUCUGGAGUCAGGUUCCUGUCUACACUGUGGCCCUGAGCCUGCCCUCCUGUCAGUUUAUCUGCCACUUGGAAAAGUAAACAAUGACUUCAUGCUGACAGUGGUCAUUUCUGUCUCCAAUCUCUCAGGGGACAAACAGCAGGCCCAUGCAGUGGUGAAGGUGGGACUUGGAGACACCCAUGUUGACAACGUGGCAUUCCAGGCUGCAGUGUUGGAGAAUAUCACUGCCACUCUGCAAGGCGAGCGGGACCCUGAGCGGCUCUUCCAGCUGUCCAGAGCCGUGUCAUCCAUGCUGGACCAGGAGUGCCAGGAGCAGGGCUGCAGGGGGCUGCUGAACAUGGACGUCAGACAGAAGGUCAGAGAGCAUGCGCAGGGGUCACUGUCUGCGGUCACUCCCACCCUGGGGGACAUACCCCAGGUGCUGAGAGAGGUGACCCACCCCAAUGAGGAGCUCAUGCCCAUGGCCCAGCGGGAGGCCACCUGGGCUCUGCAGCAUGCCAGUGAAGCCCUGUUGGCAGUGAGUUCCAAGGCCCAUCCUGAAGACCAGGGGCGCCAGGCGGCCACCAAGGACCUGUUUCAGGCUGUGAGCAGUACGCUAGAAGCUUCCCUGAGGGAGGGACCAGAAGAUCCUGCAGAGGCCAAGGGCACCCAGAUGGCCUCCGUGCCCCAGCUGCUCAGAGUUGUGGAGCAUGUGCAGGCUGCCCUCCUUCUGGGGACACUGCCUGGAGGCCUCCCAGCUACCCUGGCCACCCCCUCCAUCUCCAUAUACACAAACAGAAUACAGCCCCGGAGUUGGCGAGGCUCCUCUGUACACGCUGCGGCUGCCAGCUCUGCAACAUUUACCCUGCCUGCUGCCUCCUCCCUUGGCUCCAUGGGGGACAGCCCGGAGCCUGUGGACAUCAGGGUGAUGAGUUUCCCAAAGGGCCCCUUCCCAGCCUGGAGUCACUUUGAUGUCAGUGGAACUGUUGGUGGCCUCUGUCUGAGCAGCCCUAGUGGACAUCUCAUACCCAUGAAGAAUCUGUCAGAGAAUAUCGAGAUCCUGCUGCCCCGACUUUUGGAAGGACACAGUGAGCCAACUGUGUUGAACCUGACCAGUCCUGAAGCUUUGUGGGUGAACCUGACUUCAGAUGGGGCAGCUUUGGGGAUCCAGCUGCACUGGAGACCUGAUAUCCCAUUCAUACUCAGCCUGGGCUAUGGCUACCACCCCAAUAAGACCAGCUAUGACGCCAAAGCUCACCUUCCGCCAGGGGCUACUGCAGAUGGGCUGUCCACGUGGAUCCUGAACCCAGAGGACCUGCAUUUCGGAAAAGGUGUCUACUAUCUGACCGUGAUCCCCGAGUCUGACCUGGAGCUGACCCUUGGCAGGGACUUCACAGUUGGCAUUACCACCUUCCUGUCCCACUGUGUGUUCUGGGAUGAGGUCUGGGGGACUUGGGAUAACUCUGGGUGCCAGGUGGGGCCACGGACCACCCACUCCCAGACACACUGCCUCUGCAACCACCUCACCUUCUUUGGAAGCACGUUCCUGGUGAUGCCCAACACCAUCGACAUCUGCCAGAUUGCCGAGCUCUUUGCCACCUUCGAGGACAACCCUGUGGUUGUGACCACCGUGGGCUGCCUCUGUGUGGCCUAUGUGCUGGUGGUGAUCUGGGCAAGGAGGAAGGACGCUCAGGAUCAGGCCAAGGUGAAAGUCACAGUGCUGGAGGACAAUGAUCCCUUUGCCCAGUACCACUACCUGGUGACAGUCUACACUGGACACCGGAGAGGAGCAGCUACUUCCUCCAAGGUGACUGUCACUCUAUAUGGCCUGGAUGGAGAGAGUGAACCCCACCACCUGUCAGACCCUGACAUUCCAGUUUUUGAGCGGGGAGGAGUGGAUGUCUUUUUACUCUCCACCCUGUUCCCCCUGGGGGAACUGAGGGGCCUGAGGCUGUGGCAUGACAACUCAGGGGACCGGCCAUCCUGGUACGUGAGCCGGGUGCUGGUGCAUGACCUGGCUAGGGACCGGAAAUGGCAUUUCCUCUGCAACUCGUGGCUGUCCACUGAUGUCGGAGACUGUGUCCCUGACAAAGUAUUUCCGGUGGCCACAGAGCAGGAUAGGAAAAGAUUCAGCCACCUGUUUUUCAUGAAGACCUCCACGGGCUUCCACGAUGGACACAUCUGGUAUUCCAUCUUCCGCUGCUCAGCUUGGAGCAACUUCACCCGUGUCCAGAGGGUGUCCUGCUGCUUCUCCCUGCUCCUCUGCACCAUGCUGACCAGUAUCAUGUUCUGGGGUGUUCCCAAGGACCCAGCUGAGCAAAAGAUGGACUUGGGUAAAAUUGAAUUCACUUGGCAGGAAGUGAUGAUUGGACUGGAGAGCUCUCUCCUCAUGUUCCCCAUCAACCUCCUAAUCGUUCAGAUCUUUCGAAAAACCCGUCCUCGGGUCACUAAGGAGCAGAACACUGGGAAAUGCGACAGGGGCUCCCCUAGCCUGGCCUCCUCACUACAGCCCAUGGAGAAUGGCCUUCUGACACUUGAAGUGGUGACCAAGGAUAUGUGGAGACUCGUCAGCUCCCUGUUUAAAGCUCUGAAGGUGCCAUCACCUGCCUCUGGCUGGGACUCAGCAACCCUGAUGGACAUCAACCAACUGCUGGCCUUGGAGGAGGUCGUCUGUCUGCAGAACAUGGUAGGGCCGGAGUUCUGGGAGGAAGCCAAACAAAGAAAGGAUCCUUUAAUGCUCCCUCUUGGGUCUCUACGAGUGCAAGAACAAAUGCAAUGCCUUAUGCCAGAGGUGGGCCCAAGUGACCCUCAGAAGGACAAUGCCUACAAGCAGUGUCUCUACCUUCAGCUGGAACACAUGGAGCAAGAGCUUCAGCUGGUGGGGCCCCGUGGCUUCCCCCAGAGCCAGAGCCACGCCCGGGCCCUCAGCCAGCUGCAGAUGCUGAAGGGCUGCCUGGAGGGACAGCUGGGCACCCCACCCCCAGGGUACACCAGCUUCUCGACGGCGAGCAAGCAUCCUCGUGGCCUGCCCUGGUGGUGCGUCCUGGUGGGCUGGCUCCUGGUGGCAGCCACCAGCGGCGUGGCAGCCUUCUUCACCAUGCUCUACGGCCUGCACUAUGGGCGGGCCAGCUCCCUCAAGUGGCUCAUCUCUGUGGCUGUCUCCUUCAUGGAGAGCGUGUUUGUCACCCAGCCCCUGAAGGUGCUGGGCUUUGCUGCCUUCUUUGCACUGGUCUUGAAGAGAGUGGAGGAUGAGGAGGAGCUUGUGGCCUCCCUCCCAGGACAUCUGUCUGGCCCAGGCCCUUCUGCCUUGUUUUGAGUACAAAGAUGCAGCAGAAAGGACAUUUACCAGCCGCCUUUGGCCACUGACAUCGAGAAGAUGAAAACCACCCAUCUCAAGGAACAGAAGGCAUUUGCCUUCAUCAGAGAAAUCUUGGCAUACCUGGGCUUCCUGUGGAUGCUGCUGCUGGUUGCCUAUGGGCAGAGGGACCCCAGCACCUACCACUUCAACAGACACCUUGAGCACAGCUUCACCCAAGGCUUUUCAGCUGUGUUAAGCUUCAAGGAAUUCUUCAUGUGGGCCACCACCCUCAUGAGCAACCUGUACAGUCAUUACCCAGGCUUUAUCACUGAUGGGAACUCUAAGCUGGCUGGCAGUGCCCAGAUUCGCCAAGUGAGGGUCCUGGAAAGCUCUUGCCCUCUUGUCCCACAGUUGCAGGCUUCUCUUGAUGAAUGCCAUGCACCAUAUUCCCUGGAUAUUGAAGACCUGUCAGACUAUGGGGAAGGCUGGAAUGCCUCCAUACCCAAUAACAGCAGUGGCUUUUCCCAGGCUUGGCAGUACCAGAGCCAGAGCCAAUGCCGAGAGUAUCCCAUCUGGGGCAAACUCACUGUGUACCGGGGAGGAGGUUAUGUGGUCCCUUUGGGGACUGAUCGCAAAAGUGCAUCAAGAAUUCUCCAGUAUCUCUUUGACAACACCUGGCUGGACAGACUGACCAGAGCCGUUUUUGUGGAGUUCACUGUUUACAACGCCAAGGUCAACCUGUUCUGCAUCAUCACUCUGACCCUGGAGGCUAGCGCCCUGGGAACCUUCUUUGCACAUAUGAGCCUGCAGAGCCUGCGCCUGUACCCCUUCACUGACGGCUGGCACCCCUUCGUGCUAGCAGCAGAAGCCAUCUACCUCCUGUUCCUCCUCUACUACAUGAUUUUGCAGGCCAAGCUCAUGAGGAAACAGAGGUGGUGCUAUUUCCAUAGCAAGUGGAAUCUUUUGGAGCUGACCAUCAUCCUGGCCAGCUGGAGUGCCCUGGCGAUGUUUGUGAAGAGGGCCAUCCUGGCAGAACGUGAAAUCCAGCGCUACCGGAACCAUGGAGAGGAGGGUAUCAGUUUCAGUGAGACAGCAGCAGCUGAUGCUGCCGUUGGCUACAUCAUUGCCUUCCUGGUAUUGCUGUCCACAGUGAAGCUUUGGCAUCUGCUCAGGUUGAACCCCAAAAUGAAUAUGAUCACUUCAGCCCUAUGCCGUGCUUGGGGGGACAUAUCAGGCUUUAUCAUCGUCAUCCUUAUCAUGCUUCUGGCUUACUCCAUUGCGUCAAACUUAAUAUUUGGUUGGAAACCCCGUUCCUACAAAACCCUCUUUGAUGCAGCAGAAACGAUGAUCAGCCUUCAGCUAGGAAUCUUUAACUACGAGGAGGUCCUGGACUACAGCCCAGUGCUUGGCUCCUUCCUGAUUGGGUCUUGCAUCAUUUUCAUGACAUUUGUGGUGCUGAAUCUAUUUAUCUCUGUCAUCCUGGUGGCCUUCAAUGAGGAGCAAAAAUAUGAUCAGCUGUCGGAGGAAGGAGAGAUUGUUGAUUUGUUGCUGAUGAAAAUACUCGGUUUCCUGGGUAUUAAAUGUAAAAAAAAGGAGCCUAGCAACAGCAGUGAGCAGCCCAAGUAG